CGAAUAUGCCUUGACUAAAAGUAGAACACUUGGUUAUAAAUGAUUUACUACUGCGUUUGUUCAACCAUAUUUUACAGCUCAAUAUAUCAUACCUGAGCUAUUUUUUCGUGUGUCAGACACGGUGCCUUCUGAAAAUUCACAUAGGCAACAACAUUGUGUCUACCAAAACGUGUCAUCGCUAUAACUAUCACAGUCCCACUGAUAAUGCGCAGCAACCCAAAUCAUGCAUGCAUGUAUGGCCAGGCUCUUGAUCUAAAUUCAAAGGUGCGUUGACUUGAUUCAGAUCACCACAAUUUUCUAAAUCUUAUUGUGCUAAUAUAUAGUCUUAUAAAUCCGCCAGUUUUGACCCCAGACUUUUUUCUUAUUCCCGUACUUUAUCGCAAUUUUUUCUCGCCGUGUAAUAAAACCGUUUCCGUAUACCAGAGAAAUCAAUAUAUAUAACAUGACUUCACCAAGAGGCUCCUCCUCCCAUCUGGUGUUUUCACCUACGUUUCAGAACACUCUUUUGACAGUGCCUUCACUGUCUAUCUCUCCACCUAGGUCGGUCCCAUCCGGACACAAGAGGUCGUCUUCAUCGUCGCACUCCGUCCCUCGACUCGGUAACUCCGACUUGGAGCAUUGCCUUCUGCCGAAACUGUCUGCGAGCCAUAUGGCGGACGCUUACAGGUUCGGUUCGUCCCCCAUUUCAACCUCCAGCAGGAGGUAUUCGAGUGACUACGAAGCUGGCCCGUAUCCCGUGUACGUUCACCCGGGGCGCAUCCAGUCUCCACCGUAUUCACACUCGGCCUCCUCCGCUAAGCCGUUGGCCCCGCCUGAUCUGCCAUUCACACACCACCAGUACACCCUCAGCUCGCCGACAAGUAUUAGAAGCUCGGAUCCGCAUCUUCGCAGCUCAUCUAUCCGUAGGUUGAGCAACGAAGAGAUUAUUGAUGCGAUGGAAAAGGAGCAAGACGCGAUUGUAUUGCGAUUGACCAGAGAGAUUAUGCAAUUGAAAGAGGAGAACAAGAUGUUGAGACAGCAGCAGCACAACCACCUGCCCUCGUUCUGCCAGUCUCUGCAACACACGUUCCAGUCACGAAGCCGUUCUUCGUCCGUAAUGUCCAAUGUGGGUAACAAUAUAGCUCUGUCUGCUCGAAACAGCGUUGCGGGCGACGCAUUUGGGCCUCUUUCCGUCUCUACCAACACAACAGCCCCGGGCCUGGUGUCCUCCAGCUCCGCGAGUGCAAAGUUGAGACGUGGCAGCAAUUUGGGCAUUAAUUCAAGUGGUGAAGCCGGAUUUCAUCAGUCGCUACUCAGCGAGAUUUGAUAGAUUUUUUAAGGGCACAUGCUAGUAUGGCAGGGAAGCCGCUAGUCUCAAAUAUUACCCAUAUGGUUGUAUAUAUUUGGUAUGGAUUUAUUGG